AUGGCUUCUUCAAAUCCAAAUUCAAGCGCCUCCCACGCAAAUAUCUCGACUCCUGUCCCUUUUCCACAACCUGGGGGUCUUCACAACAGCUCAAGUCCUACUCCGACCGGAACGACUGCAGAGAAACAGCGCGCGCGCACCUCGACCAACGCCUCGUCAGCAUCGAGUAGAAUACGAAGCGCAAGCAUAAAGCUCAUGAAUGCGGACCCUCCACCGGGCAUGUGGGCGGCCACAGGAGGCGUUGCAUCCAAGGCACCUUCGCUGGUAGACAUCAGGCGUGGAUCGUUUGGUUCUGAGGGCUGGGACGAGCAACGUCAACGAGAACAUCGCCGUGGCAGUCAAGAAAGCAACGAACGGCCUGCUAACAACAGGAAAGGGUCGUCUGGUAGACUCGGCCUGGAACCUUUCCCAGCACUGACCGAAGAGAGAUCGUCCUUUGAGACUCGCGAAUACGCAUCGAACUACUGCGCUCAGAAUGAUGCUAAAGAUGCCGGGGCUGGCAUCAUAGAGCCCACGACCUCGCAUUUGACCGACAAAACAAAAGAAACUGCAAUGCGCCAACCAAUGGGCACAUCACUUCAGUAUGCGAAUGGAUACAUACCGCCGCCCAAGCUGCCGUGGACAAGAUCCUUCACGAUUGGGUUGAAAGGAUUUUGGAAAUGGUUCCUGACCAUCCCGGGAUUCCUAAUCACAGUGUACGGCCUCAACGUUGUUGCCUGGGGCGGCAUGCUCUUUCUAUUACUAUGCAAUGCGGCUCCCGCCAUGUGCACGCCUACAUGCGACGACAUCAAUUCUCCUCGCAGGAUAUGGGUUGAGAUUGACUCGCAAAUCCUUAAUGCGCUUUUCUGCGUUACUGGCUUCGGCCUUGCUCCGUGGAGGUUUCGCGAUCUAUAUUGGUGGGCACGGUGGAGGCUUGGAGGCAGCCAGGCCAAGCUGAUCGGCAUUCGACGACUUGCUGGCAUACAUCGAGGAUGGUUCCGACUUCCUGGUUCAGAACAGCUCUCUGAAGAGGUAGAUGCAACAAAGGUUAGCUCUGAGGAUCCAGCUGUACCAAUACCAGCCAGCAAAAUUCCCGACCCUCCCCCGACAGGCUCGCGUGCAUCACCGACUAUCCCCUGGAAGAUGGAUUUUGUUUUGUGGAUGAACGCUUCGAACACCUUCUUCCAAAUACUACUUUGUUUCUAUAUGUGGCACUACGACCGGAUUCAAAGGCCAUCUUGGGCAACUGGGCUUUUCGUUGCUCUGGGUUGCAUAGUAGCAGGCGUUGCAGGGAUCAUGAUCGCCGUCGAGGGGAAGAGGAUCAAAAAGGUCGAGGGCGUGCCUAUGCGCAAGGAGGACCAACGCAGACCGCCGGAUGAGGAAACACAGUCUGCCCAAGAUGUUCCGCUUGUAUCAUAUCAUGGCACUGCUUCGAAGGCAUGA